GUGUGAUCAUAUGAGCUAAUGUUAGGCUAGUUAGAUGUAGCCUGUUAGCUUUAGAAUGUUGUCAUCGUACGCAGCGGUAAAGUGAGCAUUACGUGCAUGAUUUUUGGGUCAAAACCAUAAAAUUGUUGGAAAUUUGCAUUUUUUUCAGUAGCGGAAGUGUACUGCCCCGGUGCUUUUGGUUGAACCAUUUUCAGUCCUUGCUGUCCCGUCUCGGUUAGUUAUCUCUCUGCUGUCUUUCGUAGCUAGCCACAGUAGCAUAUGGGUGUCAGAGUUAGCAGUGACUCAACCGGCUGUGUCUUUUUCCCCUCCACGUCUCAUAUUAUUUUGGACACGUCAAGGUUCUUUAGUUCUGUGUAUUGAUUUUUGGGGGGUGUGAUGUCAGAACCGAAGGCCCCCACUCCCACCCCUGCAGGCGAUACUUAUAAAGGCUGGGUCUUCAAGUGGACUAAUUACAUCAAAGGCUAUCAACGACGGUGGUUCGUCCUCAGCAAUGGCCUCCUGUCAUACUACAGGACCCAGGCGGAGAUGGGUCACACAUGUCGGGGUACGAUUAACCUGGCCACGGCGACCAUCACCGUGGACGACGCCUGCAACUUCAUGAUAACCAACGGCGGCGCUCAGACGUACCACCUGAAGGCCAGCUGUGAGGUGGAGCGGCAGAAAUGGAUCACCGCCCUGGAGCUGGCGAAGGCUAAAGCUGCCCGCAUGCAGGCAGAGUCAGAUGACUCGGGCGACGACUUCUCUCCGUCGGCCGCUCCGGGACAGGGUGCGGGGUCACAAAAUGCCGAAUUCCAGUCUGCGAUGAGAAUGCUGGGCAGCAAGGUGGAGGAUCUGAGCACAUGCAAUGACCUGAUCUCAAAGCACGGCUCCGCCCUCCAAAGGUCUUUGUCGGAGCUGGACAAUUUAACUCUGACUGGGGAAGCGGGGGAGAAGAUCCGCCAGGUGACGGAAAGAGCCACGCUGUUCCGCAUCACCUCGAACGCCAUGAUCAAUGCCUGCAGAGACUUCCUCUCCAUGGCUCAGACUCACAGCAAGCGAUGGCAGAAGGCCCUGCAGGCCGAACGGGAGCAGAGGGUGAGGCUGGAGGAGACUUUAGAGCAGCUGGCUAAGCAGCACAACCACUUGGAGCGGGCCUUCAGGGGGGCAGCGCAAGCUAACGCCAGCGCGGACAGUAAAAGCAUUUCUGGGCCUGGAAAAGGAGAAGUGAGCGAUGAUGAUGAUAAUGAGUUUUUUGAUGCCAUGGAGGAGGCGCCUGAAUUCAUCACCGUGCCUGCAGACCCUCAGUUCCAUAAAAGGUCGAGCAGUAAUGUCAGCAGCUUCAACAGCGAGAUUUGCCAAGACGAUCAGUCGCUGAACGAGGAGCCUCUGGCGAUGAACCAGGAGUCGCCGUCUCAGGAGCUGGUUCCAUUGAAAAAGAGGCGGACGCGCAUCCCAGACAAGCCCAACUACUCCCUCAACCUUUGGAGCAUCAUGAAGAACUGCAUCGGCAAAGAGCUGUCCAAGAUCCCCAUGCCUGUGAACUUCAAUGAGCCCAUUUCCAUGCUGCAGCGUCUGUCGGAGGAUCUGGAGUAUCACGAGCUGCUGGACAAAGCUGCGAAGAGUCACAACUCUCUGGAGCAGAUGUGCUACGUGGCGGCCUUCUGCGUGUCCGCCUACUCCACCACCGUGUACCGCACGGGAAAGCCCUUCAACCCGCUGCUGGGGGAGACGUACGAGCUGGACCGCCAGAGGGAGAGCGGCUACCGCUCCCUCUGCGAGCAGGUGAGUCACCACCCCCCGGCAGCAGCACAUCAUGCCAUCUCCGAUCGAGGAUGGACCCUGAGGCAGGAAAUCACAGUUGCCAGCAAGUUCAGGGGCAAAUACCUCUCCAUUAUGCCCUUAGGCACGAUUCAUGCCAUCUUUGAGAAGAGCAACAAUCACUACACAUGGAAGAAAGUUACAACUACAGUGCACAACAUCAUCGUGGGAAAGCUGUGGAUCGACCAGUCUGGGGAGAUCGACGUUGUGAAUCACACCACCGGAGACCGCUGUCACUUGAAGUUUGCCCCCUACAGCUACUUCUCCCGAGAUGUCGCCCGAAAGGUGACUGGUGUGGUGAUGGACAAGACCGGGAAGGCCCACUAUGUGCUGUCGGGCACGUGGGAUGAAAAGAUGGAGUUUUCCAGGGUGAUGCAGAGCAGCCGAGGAGGGGAGAACGGCACGGAGGGCAGGCAGAAGACGGUCUAUCAAACGCUCAAAGCCAAAGAGCUGUGGAGGAGGAACCCUUUACCGGAUGGAGCAGAAACCAUGUAUUACUUCACUGCCCUGGCUCUGACGCUGAACGAGCCAGAGGAUGGCGUAGCGCCCACCGACAGCCGCCUCCGGCCCGACCAGCGUUUGAUGGAAGAUGGCCGCUGGGACGAGGCCAACGCCGAGAAGCAGCGGCUGGAGGAGAAGCAGCGCACCGCUCGCCGCGAAAGGGAACGGGAGGCCUUGAACCAGCGCUCGUCCAGCACGUCUGAAGAAGCUGUCGAUGAGGACUCUGUUACUGAUCCUUCCCUAAAAAGCGUCCCUCACGAGAACUACAAAGCCCGCUGGUUUGAGCACACAGAGGACAAAAUCACAGGUGAGGCGGUCCACGUCUAUAAGGGAGGCUACUGGGAAGCCAAGGAUCAAGGCAAGUGGGACGACUGCCCCGAUAUAUUUUGAACCUCUUCGUGGACUUUAACGUGCCAUCAAGGGACUUCCCGGAUGACCGCCUCCCUCUCCCCCAGUGGCUCUCUGUUGUAGGAGAUCUCCUGAACUGUCACUGCUGUUAUUUUCUUUGUUUAAUUGUACUCUCCCACAGUCGCAGCAGAGGUUUCCAUGGUUUCAGAAGUAGUUAUGUUAGCUCUGGAUCAGAGGAGGGAACGAAAUAAGCAGCUCUUCCGGAUCUGCUUCAAAUCCAGUUUCCUAAUCUUGUCAGUCGAGUAUCAGGUAAGGUUUCAGCCGAAACCGCCUGCACUUUCCUGCCAUCGUCCACACUGUUUGGUUCACGGCUCUUUUAAAAAAGAAAAAAAAAAAACGGGAGGGGGGUUUAAAAAAAGUCAAUAUGUACACACCUAUAUGCUUAAAUCAUUGAAUAUCAGCUGGUGGCCUUCAAAGAGAUUGAUUUUUGUUUUAUUGCUGAUUUAGUGUCUUAUGGUAAUGAAGGUUCAGGUGUGUUUGUGUAAAUCGACUAUCUGCUCUUCCAUCGUUGGAAAAAAAAAAGAUUAGCUGUACUGUUAAGAAUUCUUCAUCAGCUAGAAUACUUGUUGACCAUUCCCACUGUAACGUUUUGGAGACUUUUUUUAUGGAAAAAAUGUUUGGCUUUAACGCCUAAAUGUGCACAAUUUUCAUUUUGCCUUAAAAGAAACGACCUUCUCUGGGGGAAAAAACUCUUACUACAGGUGGUUUCACGUUGAAACACUCGCGUUAACAAGUGUUUGUUGCACGUAGUUUGGAGUUUUAUUCAACUUUCAUCGAUGAAAUGAUCCUGGAAAAACGAUGACUUGGCUAAAAUCCAAGCGAGUAUUUGUCUUUUUUUUUUUUUUUUUUUUUUUUAAUGAAGAUGUGGAAAAGGCAACAAGCAUCCCACCUGUGUAGAGGUAUGAACGUUCUCUCUGACACCAAAAACAUGACACGUCUGUCUGUGUGUGAGAAUCUCAAUUCUGUUUGUAAGUGUACUUAAAAAUGAAGAAUUAAAAAAAAGAAAUUUACAUGCAUUGAAAAUAACUGAUUUUAUAAAUGUAUAGAAUAUAUAUUAUCAGUAACUAUAUUGUAGUUUUUUUCUGGUAAUUUUUUUUUGGUUGUAAUAUUGGACAAGGACUUUUUUGUUUUUUUUCGGAGAAAAGGGAGUUUACAUACUUGAUUAAGACAUUUGUCAGUAUUUUGUAUUAACACAAGAAUCUGUAAUAAAUGCUGCAAUGUCAAAGA